AUAUACCAUUAACCAAGAAAAAAGAAAAAAGAAAAAAGAACACUCGAUUAUUGAUACAUUAUCAACUUCGAUCUUCAGAACGAACAAGCAAUCUCUUACUUAUACUAUAUAGAAAAAUAUAUCGAUUACUUUUAUACAACUUGAAAAGAUAUGACUACACAAGAAAGAUCACCAUUGAUUUGGUUAAGAUGUGAAACCAAGCCAUUUGAACAUAGAUCUGCAUUAACACCCACGACUAGUAAGAAAUUAAUCGAAAAUGGAUUCAAGGUGAUUGUUGAAAGUGAUCCACAAAGAUUCUUUAACGAUUCAGAAUUUGAAAAAGUAGGAUGUCAAAUCGUUCAACAUAACUCAUGGCCAUCUGCACCAUCAGACGCCUUAAUUUUAGGAUUAAAAGAAUUACCACCAAACGAUGAAUCACCCUUAAAACAUACACAUAUAAUGUUUGGACAUUGUUAUAAAAAACAAACAGGAUAUCAAGAAAUCUUAGGUCGAUUUAAAUCUGGCCAAGGUAAAUUAUUAGAUUUAGAAUUCUUACAAGAUCCAAUUACCAAACGUAGAGUAGCAGCAUUUGGAUUUUAUGCUGGUUUUAAUGGUUCGGCUGUUGGAUUACUUGGGAUUUCUAAGAUGAUUUGUGAUUCGAUGAGUUUGAAUGAAUUGAAACCUUUUAAAGAUGAAGAUGAAUUGAUUAAGAUUGGUCAAAUCGAGUUUAAAAGAUUGGUAGACAAAUUAGGUAGACAACCUAAAGCUCUGGUCAUUGGUGCUUUAGGUAGAUGUGGAUCUGGUGCUGUGGACUUUUUCUGUAAAGUCGGAAUGGACAAAGAGAAUAUAAUUGAAUGGGAUAUGGCUGAAACAGCUAAAGGUGGACCGUUUGAAGAAAUCUUGAAUGUCGAUAUCUUUGUGAAUUGUAUUUAUUUGUCAAGCAAGAUUCCAAGUUUUGUUACAAAUGAAACUAUUCAAGCUGCUGGACCAAAUCGACCAUUAAGAAUGGUAGUCGAUGUAAGUUGUGAUACGACCAACCCAAACAAUCCGAUUCCGAUUUACAACAUCAACACAACUUUUGAUCAACCUACUACAACAUUAAAGAUCGAUGAUCAAUUACCUAGUUUGGAAGUUUGUUCAAUUGAUCAUUUACCUACCCUUUUACCACGUGAAGCAUCUGAACAAUUCUCAAAUGAUUUGUUACCUACUUUAUUACAAUUAAAAGAUCUUUCGAAUUCAAAAGUUUGGUCAGAUGCUAAUGAUUUAUUCAAUCAAAUGGUUAAUGAAAUUUAAAUUGUUGAUAGCUUGAUUAAAUUAUUUUAAAAAGAAGGAUAAAGAAGAAUUUCAAUUGGAUUUAUAUAUCAAUUCUGGAUUUCCUUUUGGUUUGAUUAUAUUCAAUUUGAUUGUGAUUUUCUGAAAGUUGUCGUCGUUACACAAAAAAAACUGUUUCUUUGCUAUGUAUAUAGCACUUAUUGAUUUUACUUUUGGGCAGUUAUAUUGAUAAAAGUACAAAUGACGUAUGAAUAAUCUUUUGCAUAGAACGGCUGGCAAUGGCAUACAAUCGUCUUCCUGCAUUGGUGAAACGUU